AGGCAGUCAACCCGCCUGUCGAGUCUUGCACAGCGAACCGUAGAUGGCGCGCGCCCAACUCGGUGUUUUUAUUCGGUGGACAGGAGGAAACAGGGGCUCGCAGUGUGUCCCCACCACUCCUCCGUGAGAUGCGCCAGAGAGCUCGCGGGAGGAGAGAGAGAGAAGAGGGUUGACAGUGGCGUCGCAUCCGUCAUUCUUCUCCUCCAGAAUCACUGAAAACUUAAAACGCAGAGGGGAGAUGGGAUCCUAUAUGUAACUGAGUACUUCAGCCCUCCAUUCAACUGUUCUUCUCCUCAUCCCUCCACCCUGUCCUGUCCUGGUCCGGUGUGGUCCGGUGUGCAGCCUGAGGGAGCUGUGGUUCUGAUGAGAGCUCUGGAAGGUAAAGCCAGAGAGAGGAGCACAGAGGACCUGGUAUGGCCAGCGCAGCAGACGGUGUAGGGAGCCUGGGGGUGGAGCAUCACCUCAGUGUCCAUGACCACGUGGUGAAUGACCACGGAGCCUGGGCCACCGCCAUGAACAACCUGGGCAUCGUACCCAUGGGCCUCAGAGGGCAGCAGCUGGUCUCAGAUUCUCUCUGUAUCCAGGGCUUUGACCCAGGUUUGAGUCUCCUAGCUCCCAUCAACCCCAUGAUUGCAGGUAUCAGCCUGGUCCCUCCUCCCCCUGGUCCCCCUGAGAUGCCCAUCAUCAAGGAGAUCAUCCACUGCCAGAGCUGCACCCUGUUCCCUCAGAACCCCAACCUGCCUCCUCCAUCAACACGUGAGCGGCCCCCAGGGUGUAAGACGGUGUUUGUGGGGGGUCUGCCGGAGAAUGCCAGCGAGGAGAUCAUCAGGGAGGUGUUUGAUCAGUGUGGUGAGAUCAUCGCUAUCAGGAAGAGCAAGAAAAACUUCUGUCACAUCCGCUUCAGUGAGGAGUUCAUGGUGGAUAAGUCCCUCUACCUCUCUGGCUACCGGAUGCGUAUCGGCUCCAGUACAGAUAAGAAGGACUCAGGGAGGAUGCACGUGGACUUUGCUCAGGCCAGAGACGACCUGUAUGAGUGGGAAUGUCAACAGAGGCUGCUAGCCAGGGAAGAACGACACCGACGCAAGAUCCACGAAGACUUCCUCCGUCCGCCCUCACCACCUCCCAUCAUGCAUUUCUCCGAGCAUGAGGCGGGACAUCUGGCGGAGAAAUUGAAAGAUGACCAUAAGUUCAGUGAGGCGACUGCAGUCCUGUUCACGUGGAUCGACCGUGGUGAGGUCAACCGGCGGUCGGCCAAUAACUUCUAUUCUAUGAUCCAGUCGGCCAAUAGCCACGUCCGGAGGCUGAUGAGUGAGAAGGCCCAGCACGAGGAGGAGAUGGAGCUAGCCAAGGAGACGUUUAAAAAUGCCCUGCUGGCCAUAUUGACUCAGUUCGAGCAGAUCACGGCUGUGUUCACCGCUGCCUCCAGGCAGAAGGCAUGGGACCAUUUCUCUAAAGCACAGCGCAAGAACAUAGACAUUUGGAGAAAGCAGUGUGAGGAGCUGAGGAAUGCCCACAGUGAGGAGAUCAUGGGGAUUCGCCGGGAGGAGGAGAUGGAGAUGUCUGACGACGACUCGGAUGAGAGCCCCUGUAAGAAGAUACGCAUGGAGGAAAAUGGUGUGUGUGGCCAGUCUGGGGCCUCUCUGAGGGAGGAGAAUGACUCUCUGCGUUGGCAGUUGGACGCCUACAGGAAUGAGGUGGAGCUGCUGAGGAAGGAGCAAGGCAAGGCUUGCCGCCCUGACGACCCUGAACACUUCCCCGACACACACACACACCUGCUGCAGCAGAGCAUGCACAACAUGCAACAGCAACUGCUGAGUCUGCAGGAGCAGCUGAGGACUAAGGAGGUGGUGCUGGAGCAGGCUAGAGACGAGCACAGAUACCUGCAGGGAGAAGUCCUAGCCCUGAGAGACAAGAUGCUGACUAAUGGGGAUGUAGUGGAGGGGAACAACGGAGAAACACCUGAGAAGGUGGUGAACGGGUGUGUGACCACUCUGUACUGCAGCAGAGACAGGAGGAGUGAAGCAGCCAUGAGAGGAGCCCUCACAUCAGAGAGAGAGGCUCUGCUACUGGGCAUCAUAUCUACCUUCCUCCAUGUCCACCCGUUUGGAGCCAACAUCGACUAUCUGUGGUCCUACAUUCAGAGACUGGACACUACGGUGUCAGCGGGGGAGUUGGAGUCUCUGAUGGGUCGUCUGCCAAGUGUCUUCAGACAGGAGCUGAGUGGAGUGGGAGCCACGCUGGAGAAACGAUGGAACUUCUGUGGCUUCCAGAGCCUCAGCUCCGUGUGACACAGGGACCCACACACUGUAUGGAACAGGACACACACACAUCGGAUGACCCAGGACACACACAUGGCCUGAAAAACCAUAUGUGGGACAGAAACAUACACACUUCCUGACCAGCCUCAAAACCUGGUGGACACAUGAAUAGAAGGCGUGUCAAAUCCACAGACUGUUCGAACGGUGUGUGUGUAUGUUGCGUAUCCACAGACAUCCACAGUGCAUAGUGAUAAUACUCAAACACAAACAGACACGGGACAAGAACAAAAGCUACAAGAUCCCCUGAUGGAUCUUUCAGAGUUAUAUCUUUGCAAGGGAUCUGCUGACACUGAGGUAGAGGGAUCCAUAUGGAUCUUUCAGAGUUAUAUCUUUGCAAGGGAUCUGCUGACACUGAAGCAGAGGAAUCCACAUGGAUCUCUACUUGAUGCUGUAUAACUAAAUCCACUGAUGUCAGCCAAAGUGGUCACAGAGCAGACCUUCUCUAUGGUAACGUAGUGACCCGACCCCAGCCAACAGAACAGAAGGUUCUUAGUCCUAACGUCUCUCUCUAAUGGACUGGAAUGGUUUGAGAUGCCUCUCUCUGUUCCCUCUCUCUGAUUUAAGACUCUCCCUCCCUCUGUUCCCUCUCUGUAUUCUCUCUCUGUAUCCUCUUUCUCUCUCUCUCUCUGUUCCCUCUCUGUAUUCUCUCUCUGUAUCCUCUUUCUCUCUCUCUCUCUGUUCUCUCUCUCACUCUGUUCCCUCUCUCUCUCUCUGUAUCCUCUCUCUCUGUAUCCCCUCUCUCUCUCUGUAUCCUCUCUCUCUGUUCUCUUUCUCUCUCUCUCUCUCUCUCUCUCUCUCUGUAUCCUCUCUCUCUCUCUCUCUCUGUAUCCUCUCUCUCUCGGUUCCCUCUCUCUCUCUGUAUCCUCUCUCUGUUCCCCCUCUCUCUCUGUAUCCUCUCUCUCUCUCUGUAUCCUCUCUCUCUCUGUAUCCUCUCUCUCUCUGUUCCCCCUCUCUCUCUGUUCCCUCUCUCUUUGUUCCCUCUCUCUCUGUAUCCUCUCUCUCUCUGUAUCCUCCCCCUCUGUAUCCUCUCCAUCUGUAUCCUCUCUCUGUAUCCUCUCUCUCUCUUUUCUUUCUCUCUGUUUUCUCUCUCUCUGUUUUCUCUCUCUCUGGAGCAGUUGUGUAACUGGUCUGUCAACAGCUGACUCCCACUAGGCUGGGAGGGUCCAUGAAUAUCGGACUGCUGCAACUGAAAUAUGGACAGGAAUUGGAGAAUUCGGGAAUGGGCGUGGGCGUGGGGGAGUACAGGACAGAUUUAUAACUGUGACCUUUGUUACCCCUCACGUCCAGUGUGUUGUGGGGCUGUUUGCUGUAAAAACCCAGUUUCACACUCCAUCAGACCUGCAGCAUUAGCCAGACACACACACACACAAACAACAUACUCAACAUCUCUCUCUCUCUCUCUUUUUCUCUCUUUCUCUCUCUCUCUCUCAUUCUCUCUCUCUCUCUCUUUCUCUCUCUCUCUCCCCUCUCUCUUUCUCUCAUUCUUUCUCUCUCUCUCACCUUUUCUAUCUCUCUCUCUCUCUCUCAUUCUCUCUCUCUCCUGACUUUAGUAACCCACUGAUACUGUUGGGUUGGGAUUUUAUGUCUACAUAUCCAUCUAUGGAUGUCUCUAUCUCGGUCUGUCUCUCUCCCUCUGCUUUGGUCUUGUGUCAAGUGUGUGCUGUGCUUGUUGUCUCUGUUUAAUUGGUAUCUACACAUUUAAAUUAUGUUUUCUAAUCGAAUAAAAUGUUUUUAUCCAAAACUCUUCUGAUCAAUCCAGAACAUUUUAAAUUCAAGAAGCUUUAUAGGCUUGACAAGCAACUAAAUUCACAUUAUCAAGGCUGGUAAUGGCAAGACAAGGCUGCAAAUGGCAAAAUAUCAAAGCUAGUGCAUACAGUAGAUUUGAAAUGUAUGUUUUGUGUUUGUGAUCCAGAUAGUGUGCUGAAAUUCCAUGUUGGAUGUGUCUUCCUGAUGAUGGAAGAUGAAAUACUAUAUUAAUAGUGGAUGAGGAGUGGUACUCUUCUCUCCUCCUCUCCCUCUCCUCUAACUCUGAUCAUGUGCUGGUGUGCUCUAUUCUGGUAAUUCUGGACUAAUUGGAGUAAUCAAGGUGACAGACAGUGACACAUUCAAUACCGCCUUGCACACUCUUGCCUGCAAACAACAGUUUCUAUUGUUCAAAUUCAGGUUGGUUCAUUCCGUUUAAGAAACGUUUUUCAACAGAAUAGGCAGAAUGAAUACACCCCUGAUCACCCGCACACACACUUCACUUUCAUAGCAGCCACAUACAAACAGCAUCAAUUUACAUCACUCGUUGUAUAAUUCCUUCUCGCAUCUACACGCUCUCCUCCUCUCACCUUUUCCCUUCAGUGCACAACACAAAGGCUCUCUGUAACCUGGCAAAAAAAAACUUUCCAAGCCAAACCUUCAUACCAUAACCGCUACACACAGUCUACAUCGUUGUCACCAUAUUAGGUAAUGUCAUAGUAAACAUAGCUACUAGAACUAACGCAUUAGUAAACCCGGUACAAUCACGCAGUACAGUAUGCAGCAAGCAGUUUAGCAGUUACACCGGGGGGCCCCGGUGGCAAUAAAUUAAUAAAACCGAAAGCUUACCUUAACUUGGAAAAUUUCCAGUGUUGGAUAGCUUUAGCCAGCUAGCUAACAUAAAUAGAGUAGGCUAAAUUAUCUAGCUGCAUUAGCUAGCUAAAUAAGUGAGUGAAAGUGAAAGGCUAGCUUGCUAUAUAGCUCCUUAAUUUUUUAAUAAAUGUUUUCAAACUUUU